CCCUGCACUGCAAACCCGCCUAGAAGUUUGUUAAUUUCCUGAGGAUGUGUCUGUUCUUAGUUCAUCUUGUGAACUCCUUCUGUGCUGAGUCAGUCAAACACCAACAGUGGAGAUUCAGGAAUGGCUUUUGAAUUGUGAAAGAAAUGGGUCGCUGUACAAUAAGGCUACUGUUUGUGGCGUGUACACACUUAGGUAGCUUUGCCUUUAUCUCAGGUGUGGAGAAUUGGACAUUUCUGCAGGAAGGCACUUCAUCACCUCUGUCACAAGAUGAAGAAUUGAAAUGUUUUACUCGGAUGUUAGAUGAUCUGACCUGUUUCUGGGAUGACAACGAGGAAACAAAUGACACUUACACGUUCUACUUUAGCACUGAACAAAGAAUGCAGCAGCAAUGUCACACAACCUCGUACAGGGUCCUCCAGAGUACAAUGCGACAUGUUUGUGCUAUCCCGGUAGAGGAUAUUGUGCUCUUUCAGCCACUUAACAUUGAAGUAAUUGAAUCAUUUUCCAAUGUAUCGAAAAUCAGUCAAUAUGUAUCUAUUGAAUCAGUAGUUCUCCUGGAUCCACCUUCCAACAUCUCAGUUCAUUUAAAUGGCAAUCCACACGAACUCCGCAUUGGCUGGGUCCCACCAAGAAAUCCCGACAUCAAUGAAUUUCUAAUAUAUGAGAUUAGCUACUGGAAGGACAAAUCCAGCCCUGCUUCAGCAAAGAGUGUGACUGUCGGUAUCAAACAGCAUCAUGAUCUUCGAGAUCUAAAGGCUGGAAUUAGGUACAUGGUACGCCUACGCACCAAACCUGAUGGCAUUUCAUUUGAUGGCUUCUGGAGUGCUUGGUCCGAUACAGCAUCAGCUGUAACUCCCUUUUCCUCAGAUGAGAUAAAUCUUCGCUGUUCAAGCCCUGACCUCCAAUUUAUAACCUGCCAGUGGAAAGUGAACAAAACGGAGGCCGGCACUCAGUAUCGUCUCUACUAUCAAACAAGGCAGGUGGAGUGGAAAAUAUGCAGUAACCAAAGAAAUACAACUGCUGGCGAUGAUAUCACCUACCAUUGUACAAUUGCAACAUCAGAAGUUAAUAAGACUGUUGUUAUAAUCAACGCAUCCUAUCCACAUCACAUACAGACAUUUUAUAAAAAACCUUUCAGGACUGAAAAUAUUGUCCGUCCUGAUCCCCCGAGAAUUGUGAAGAUUGAUAUCAGCACCACCGGUGGGAAUCUACGUCUCUUUUGGGAACCACCAAUUAAGAAGUUGCAGAAUCAAAUGGUUUAUCAGAUCAGAUAUUCUGAGGAAAAUGGCACAGGAUGGAAGACACUACAUAUCCAAAAGCCAUUGCACAGCGAGCUGUUGGAUCUACCCCAUGGCAAAACCUAUUAUAUGCAACUCAGAGCCAAACCCAAUGGACUCAUUUACAGAGGAUACUGGAGUAGUUGGUCGGACAUUUUCACCGCAACCAUUCCAGGCUCGAUUGGUCCAAUGGCAGUCACUCUUGUUGUAGGUGCGGCGCUUCUGUUGGCAAUCGCACUUUUCGUGUCCCAUCUCCUCUUUCCUAAUAUAUACAGUAAUAUGAAGAAAAUACUGUGGCCACAGAUUCCAAACCUGGAAAAGCUCCUGGAAGCAUAUCUCACUGAUUUCCAGAAGUACCCCCAAGUAAGAUGCCUUCGCAACCCACCUUUUACAAACCUGUUGAUGAUGAGCCUCUCCCUUCGAUUGUGGAAAUCAUUUCCGAAAGAAUUGGGAAUGAUGGCAAGAAAUACGUGGAAAAGCAAGAGGACACUUGCCCGAACCGUCGUUCCAGUGAAUCCUCCAUCACCAAGCUGCCGGGAGGGGAGUCUGAUGGUGAAGCUGAACGAUCCAACCACAGCAAUCAGAACUAUAUACUUUUGGAUCUGCAAGACUCAUCGUCUCUUCCUCAGGAAGACACAAGUUUUCACAAGAAGGACAAAACCAGUUCACCUCCUGACUCUCAGUCACAAUGGUGCUCUCCUGACCCCGACACAAAGAGUCCUAAAGGACAAGUCAGCUGGAAUAAGCAGCUCUCUUCAUUGCAACCAGUUAAUGCCACCGGCCUCAAGCAACAUCAGCCAGCACCAUUGGUCAGCUACGAUGAGGUGCUCCAGCUCUUGGCCCGCUUGCAUUUCCCAGUGCCGUUUGAUUAUCGAUCAAUGAAUGCCACAGACAUUUCAAAUCAUUCGUACCUCCUGCUUUCCGAUUUGGAACCAAAUAUCUUCACCCAACAGUAUCCUCUGAUCAAAGACUAAACGUAUCCAGUAGCAGGAAAGCAAUAUAAUGAAGCAUCGGUGGUGAAAACCGUCAGAUAACGCACAUUUCUCUUUCUUCCUUGUUUUCUGUUUCAAUAGAAUUCCCAUUUUGUUCCCACAAUGUUGUAUCAAGCACUGCUCAUUUACAGAUGUCACUAUAAGAACCAUUAUUCACUAUAACAGGAUUCACAAUGGCAGUUUAGCAAUCUGGGCAGGAAGUACCAAUGUAACAUUUAUGAAUGAUUUUAGUUCCAUGAUUAAUAUUUAUGUAACACAUUUCACUGAUAUAUAUUAUAAACACUGCAGUGGAUUCAGUAGUUAAUGUAUUGUUAUUGUGCAGCUGUGUGAUGAACUGAUUUGAAGCAAUAUUAAUCAUGUAAAUAUUAUUUUGUCUUCUAUGCUGGAAUUAUUUUGAAAAAAAAAGAAUGUACAUUUCUGUGAGUGUUUUGCCUCAGGCUCUAUAUUAUGCCAGUGUGGAAUUUCCCAAUUGAAUAAAGCAUUAACAAAAUGUUAUCUUAGUAAAAAAU